UGUCUCUCUGCGUGCGUGUGUGUCUCCGUGCACUUCUCCUCGGAGGUUGCACAUGGUUUUGGGGAUGUCGUCAGAGCUCGCGGGCGGGGAGCAGCCCCCCUGUUAAGUAGCGGGUCGCUCGGAGAGUCUUCCCACUUGGAAAGAGGCUCGCCGACGCGUCUGGGAACCACCGGAGAAAAAAGGGAAGAUCUCCCCGGACCUCCAGCGGACCUCCAGCGGACCUCCAGCGCUCAGCAGACACUUCUCCCCGUGAACUCUGAUCCGUGGACACACAACCAAAGACAUCCGGGUCCUCAGCUUCUUCCAUGAGCCGCUGAGCCGCCGAGCUGAAGAUGAAGAGCGGAGCGUCUGCGCUCCUGGCGCUGCUCCUGGCCUCCUCCAUGGCCUCCUCCGGGGCCCAGGGUCCAGUCGACCCACCGACAAAUUUGAGAUUUAAGAUUUUAAAUGAGAACACGGUGCAAAUGGUGUGGAGCAAACCCCAGUCGAGCAUAGAGGGCUACAGAAUACGAGUGACCUCAGACACAGACGAACCAACGAAAGAAUUUACUCUGCCGGCAUCUGCGACAAAGACCUCCAUCCCUGACCUGAGUCCAGAUGUGAAUUAUGCCGUAACGAUACUUGCGUACGCCGGAUCAGAGGAGAGUCUGCCGGUCAGCGGCCAGCUCACACUCGAGUCGAGUGGCGACACCAGAGGAGCUUCCAGGAAACCAGACCCUUCACAUUCCACCAAAUGCUCCUCCAGCGCCGUGGCCGAUGUGGUGUUCUUGGUGGACGGCUCCUGGAGCGUCGGCAGGCCGAACUUCAAGUACGUGCGCGGCUUCCUGUCGGCGGCGGCCGGCGCCUUUCAGGUGGGGGCGGACCGGACCCGGGUGGGCGUGGUCCAGUACGGCAGCGACCCGCGGACCGAGUUCCCCCUCAACCGCCACGCCACCCGACCCGAGCUGCUCCGCGCCAUCGGCUCGCUGCCCUACAAGGGGGGAGACACCAAGACAGGCGACGCUCUGGACUACGUCCUGAAGAACAGCUUCACCGAGGAGGCCGGGGCCCGGAAGGACUUCCCCAAAGUUCUGGUGAUCAUCACGGACGGCAAGUCGGAGGAUCCGGUGGAGACCGCUGCCCGCCAGCUCCGGAGCGCCGGGGUGGAGAUCUUUGUGCUCGGCGUCCAGCAGGCGGACGCUGAGGAGAUGAAGCUGAUGGCCUCGGCGCCUCACAGAGGUCACGUCUUCACCGUGGACAACUUCGACCAGAUCAGGAGCGUGCAGAAGCAGCUCGUCGCUCAGCUGUGCGCCGGCGUGGACGAGCAGCUCUCCGCCAUCGUCAGCGGGGAAGAAGGCGUGGAGCCGGCCUCCAACCUCCAGGUCCUCGAGGUGGCCUCCAAGUCGGUGCGGCUGACCUGGGACGCCCCCAUCGGAGAGUACUCCGGCUACGUGGUGAAGACGGUCCCCAUGAUGGCCGGCGCCAAGCGGCAGGAGCUGUACGUGGGCCCGGCCCAGAGCUCGGUGGUGGUCAGGGACCUUUCUCCAGACACAGAGUACCAGAUCAGUGUGUCGGCCCUGAGGGGCCUGGUGGCCAGCGAGCCCCUCGCCGUCAUGCAGAAGACCCAACCGGUGAACGUGUUAAUGGAGUGCUCUCUCGGCGUGGACGUCCAGGCCGACGUGGUCCUCCUGGUCGACGGAUCCUACAGCAUCGGCCUGGUGAACUUUGCUAAAGUGCGAGCCUUCCUGGAGGUGCUGGUCACCACCUUCGACAUCGGGCGAGACAAGGUCCAGAUCAGCCUGGUCCAGUACAGCAGGGACCCCCACACCGAGUUCUACCUCAACACCUACCACGACCGGGCCGCCAUGGUGAAGGCCGUGAGGAGCUUCCCGUACCGCGGCGGCUCCACCAACACCGGCAGGGCCAUGACCUACGUGAGGGAGAAGGUCUUCCAGACUGCCAGGGGGGCGCGGCCCAACGUCCCCCGCGUCAACAUCCUCAUCACAGACGGGAAGUCCUCCGACGCCUUCCAGGAGCCGGCCACCAAGCUGAGGCGGGCCGACGUGGAGAUCUUCGCCGUGGGCGUGAAGGACGCCGUGCGGACGGAGCUGGAGGCCAUCGCCAACGAGCCCGCCGACACCCACGUGUACACGGUGGAUGACUUCGACGCCUUCCAGAGGAUCUCCAAGGAGCUCACGCAGUCCAUCUGCCUGAGGAUCGAGCAGGAGCUCAGCGCCAUCCAGCAGAGGCGCCUGACACAGCCGAGGGCCCUGACCUUCUCAGAGGUCGGCCCCAGAAGCUUCCGGGCCGCCUGGCAGAUCGACGCCCCCAACGUGGAGUCCUUCCUGGUCCAGUUCAAGCCGGCGGGCGGCGAGGACGGACAAUUCGUGUCCAUGUCCGUCCCUGGGGACGAGCUCGCCGCGGUCCUCCCCAACCUCGUCCCUGUCACCCGCUACGAGGUCAACGUCCACGCGCAGUACGACAAGGGGCGGAGCUUACCCGUGACCGGCUUCGAGACCACCUUAGAAGAACUGGGCUCCGUGAGCUCCCUGAGGGUCUCCGAGGAGACCGCGGACAGUUUCAGGGUCUCGUGGCGGCCGGCGCCGGGAGACGUCGCUCGCUACCGGCUGACCUACCAACCGGUGGGGGGCGAAGGCUCCAGGCUCGAGACCCACACCGCGGGACCCGAGACCACCAUCGUGCUGCAGGAGCUGCGGCCUCUGACCACCUACCGGGUCACCGUCACUGCGGAGUACGGGUCGGGCCCCGGGGGGGCGCUGCAGACCGAGGGCACCACCAAAGAAGUCAGAGGCUCCCCCCGCGACCUGAGGGUUUUCGACGAGACGGCGUCCUCCAUGAAGGCCUCGUGGGAGGCGGCGCCGGGCGGCGUGCUCCGGUACCGCGUGGCGUACAGACCCUCCGCCGGCGGCCCCGCCAACGAGGUGUCGGUGAGUGGCGACACCAACGUCGCCCUCCUCAAGGACCUGCAGCCCGGGACCCAGUACGACGUCGCCGUCAGCGCUCAGUACCCGUCGGGCCCGGGCGGCGCCCUGGAGGGGCGGGGCUCCACGCUGGAAGAGAUGGGCCCCCCCAGGGACCUGGUCACUAGUGACGUCACCGACUCCAGCUUCGCGGUGUCCUGGGCGGCGGCGCCCGGCGCCGUGAGGACGUACCGGGUCCGGUGGCGCUCUCUUUUUUCCGGGGAGGCCGGAGACAAAACGCUGCCGGGGGACGUGACGGACGCGCUGCUGGACGGCCUGAGCCCCGAGACGCUCUACCACGUCUCCGUGGUCGCCACCUACGAGCGAGGAGACAGCGAGCCGCUGGCUGGACAGGAAACCACCGAUGGCUCCGCCGCCGCCAAGCGGCUGACGGUGAAGGACGAGACGGAGCGGUCCAUGAGGGUCUCCUGGACGCCGGCGCCGGGCAAGCUGCUCCACUACCGCCUCAAGUACUUCCCCGUGGGCGGAGGCAAGGAGACCGCGCUGAAGGUCCCCAGGACGAGCAGCUCCACCCUCAUGGGCCGCCUGCAGCCCAGCACCACCUACAACAUCUCCGUCCACCCCAUCUACAAGGGCAGGGAAGGCAAAGCAAGGCAAGGAGUAGGAACCACACUGUCGCCCUACAAGGCCCCCAGGAACCUCCAGACCUCGGAGCCCACCAAGACCAGUUUCAGGGUCUCCUGGGAUCCGGCACCCGGAGAGGUCCGAGGCUACAAAGUGACCUUUCACCCCGACGGGAACGACAUCGACCUCGGGGAGCUGCUGGUCGGGCCCUACGACAACACGGUGGUUCUGGAGGAGCUCAGGGCGGGGACAAAGUACUCGGUGGCCGUGUCCGGGAUGUUCGACGGGGGGGAGAGCAGGCCUCUGGCUGGAGAGGAGAAGACCACCUUCACAGAAGCCCCCGAGCCGCCCUCCAUCGACCCCUCAGAGGCCCAGUGUAGGACCACAGCGAGGGCCGACCUGGUGCUGCUGGUUGACGGCUCGUGGAGCAUCGGACGCAUCAACUUCAAAACCAUCCGCAGCUUCAUCGCCCGCAUGGUCAGCGUGUUCGACGUGGGGCCCGACCGCGUGCAGAUCGGUCUGGCUCAGUACAGCGGAGACCCCAAGACCGAGUGGCACCUGAACGCCCACCAGACCAAGACCUCCCUGCUGGAGGCCAUCGCCAACCUGCCCUACAAAGGAGGCAACACCAUGACAGGCAUGGCCAUGAACUUCAUCCUCCAGAACAACUUCCAACCCAACGUGGGGAUGCGGGACGACGCCCGGAAGAUCGGCAUCCUGAUCACGGACGGGAAGUCGCAGGACGAGAUCGUCUCCACCUCGCAGAAGCUGAGAGACAGCGGCAUCGAGCUCUACGCCAUCGGUGUGAAGAACGCCGACGAGAACGAGCUGAGGUCCAUCGCCUCCGACCCCGAAAAUAUCCACAUGUACAACGUCAAGGACUUCAAGUUCCUGGUGGACAUCGUGGACGAACUCACCGUCAACCUGUGCAACAGCGUCAAAGGCCCAGGGGGGGAGCUGGAGGCCCCCACCGACCUGGUGACCUCGGAGGUGACCCACCGCUCCUUCCGGGCCACCUGGACGGCGCCCGGCGGCCCCGUGGACAUGUACCGCGUCACCUACGCCACGGUGGAGGGAGGACCCACCGAGCAGCUGCUGGUCCAGGGCUCCAUGAACAGCGCGCUGCUGGAGGGCCUGAGCCCCCUGACGGCCUACACGCUCAGCGUCUACGCCGUGGUGGGCGAGGAGAGCAGCGAGCCCCUCAGAGGCAUCGAGACCACCUUGCCGCUGCCGGCCGCGACCGACAUGAAGGUCUUUGACCAGACCUCCGGCUCCAUGAAGGUCAGCUGGACCCGAGUGGACGGAGCCACCGGCUACAUGCUGCUGUACAGGUCCACCAACGCCACCGGGCCUCAGCUGGAGAACGAGAUUCGAGUUGGAGAUGUGACCGAGGUCCAGCUGGUGCAGCUGAUGUCCGACACCGAGUACUCCAUCUCGCUCUACGCGCUGCAUGGAGAAGCUGCCAGCGACCCUCUGGAGCGGCGAGGAGUCACCUUGCCGGUCCUUCCUGACGGAGUCCUGAGGAUCACGGACGUCACCCACAGCACCCUGAGGCUGUACUGGGACGCCGCGCCCGGCGCCGUCCGCAAGUACAUCAUCACCUACAAGCCGGAGGAAGGCGACCUGAAGGAGACGGAGGUCGACGGCGACGUCACCACGCUGGACCUGUCCAGCCUCGUCUCCCAAACCGAGUACGACGUGGCCGUCACGCCCUUCUACGACGAGGGGCCCGGCGUCCCCAUGCUGGGAACCGCCAUCACAGAUGUCGUUCCUGCUCCCAAGGACCUGCAGUUCUCUGAGGUGACCCAGACCUCCUUCAGGGCCUCCUGGCAGCACGGGGCCCCCGACGUGGCCCUCUACCGCAUCACCUGGACCAAGAAGGGGGGGCAGGAGCCUCAGUUUGCCAUCAUGAACAGAGACGAGACCUCCACCGUUCUGCCCAACCUGGACCCCGACACCGAGUACUUCGUCACCGUCACGGCCAUCUACCCCGACGAGGCGGAGAGCGAGGACCUGAUGGGGAACGAGCGCACACUGUUAAAGGCCCCGGAUGUGACGGCUCAGCCUCCUCGGAACUUGAGGAUUUUCAACGCGACCACGACCACGCUGGCGCUGAAGUGGGACUCCGCCCCCGGCGCCGUCCAGAACUACAAGAUCAGCUACAAGCCGCUCGCUGGAGGCGAGCCUCUCACGACGCAGGUCGGAGGGAAGAAGACCAGCGUCAUCCUGCAGAAGCUGGAUCCCGACACCAAGUACUUUGUCAGCGUGGCGGCCGUCUAUCCCACGGGGGUCCAGCGGGACAUCAGUGGGGAGGGACAGACCAAGCCUAUGGGCGGAGUGAGGAACCUGCAAGUGUUGAACCCCACCAUGACCACGCUGAACGUACGCUGGGAGCCUGCAGAGGGCCGAGUGAAGGAGUACAGACUCGUCUACGUACCUGCUGCCGGGGGAGCCGAGAGCAUGGAGACGGUGUCGGCAGGAACCAGCAGCACCGUCCUGAGAGGCCUGCAGCCCGACACGCUGUACUCCGUCUCUCUGGUGCCGGUCUACGCCAUCGGGGACGGGAAGACGGUGACUGAGAGCGGAAAGACACGGCCCUUGGGGGGGGUGAAGAGCCUGCGGGUGUCGGACCCCACCAUGACCUCCCUGGCCGUGACCUGGGACCCGGCGGACGGAGCCGUGCGCCUCUACAAGGUCUUCUUCAAGCCGACGGCCGGCGGGCGAGAGGAGAUGGAACAGGUCCCCGUGGGCACCACCAGCAUCAUCCUGAGGAACCUGAUGCCCGACACGCCGUACACGGUGUCGGUGCUGCCGGUGUACCCGGCCCGUGAGGGCAGGCGCCAGACGGAGAGCGGGAAGACGCUGCCUCUGAGCGGCGUGGCUGACAUGAGGGUGAGCGACCCGACCAUCACCACGCUCACCGUCACCUGGAACCCGGCCGACGGCAACGUGCAGGGCUACAAGGUGGUCUACACUCCUGCAGACGGAGGGCUGGAGAUCGUGGAACAAGUGUCUGAGAGCACCACCAGGACGGUCCUGGACAAGCUUCUGCCGGACACCCGCUACACCGUCACCGUGGUGCCCGUCUACGCGGAGGGGGACGGGCCCAGUCUGACCGACGUGGGGAGGACCAAGCCGCUGGGUUUCGCCAGGAACCUGCAGGUCACCGACCCCACCACCAGCACCCUGAACGUCCGCUGGGAGCCCGCCGAGGGGAAAGUACGCGAGUACAUCGUGAGCUGGGUGCCUGCUGCUGGAGGAGAGCAGGAGGUGGACCAGGUUUCUGGAACCAGCAGCUCCACCGUCCUGAAGGACCUGCAGCCCGACACCGAGUACAGCGUCACCGUGGUGCCGGUCUACGAGGAGAUGGAGGGCCUGUCGCAGUCACAGAACGGGAAGACCAAUCCUCUGGGGGGGGUGAAGAACCUGCAGGUGAUCGACCCGACCACCAGCACUCUGACGGCCCGCUGGGACCCCGCGGUGGGCAACGUCCGCACCUACAAGGUCUUCUACGCCGCCCAACCGGGAGGAGAGCAGCGCAUGGAGGAGGUGUCGGGAGGCACCACCACCACCACCCUGAGGAACCUGGAGUCGGACACGGUGUACAGCGUGGCCGUGGUUCCCGUCUACCCGGACGUGGAGGGCAUCCGGCAGGCGGAGACGGGAAAGACGAAGCCUCUGGGUGGAGUGAGGAAUCUUCAGGUGACCGACCCCACCACCAACUCUCUGAGGGUGCGCUGGGAGCCGGCCGAGGGCGACGUCAGGCAGUACCAGGUCUUCUACGUCCCCACCGCGGGGGGGGCCGACGGCGUGACUCAGGUGUCCGGGAUGUCCACCAACACGGUGCUGAGGGACCUGCGUCCGGACACCGAGUACAACGUCACGCUGGUGCCCGUCUACUCCGACGUGGAGGGGAAACGCAUGUCGGAGAGCGGCAAGACAAAGCCUCUGGGCGGAGUCAAGAGCCUCCAGGUGACCGACCCCACCACCAGCUCCCUCAAGGUGCGCUGGGAGCCGGCGGAGGGCAACGUCCGCCAGUACCGCCUCUUCUACGUCCCCUCAGCAGGAGGCGCAGAGGACAUGGAGCAGGUGUCAGGCGGCACCACCAACACCGUCCUGAGGAACCUGCUGUCGGACACCCCCUACACCGUGACCGUGGUCCCCGUCUACCCCGAGGGAGAAGGUCUGCGCCAGUCCGACGACGGGAAGACACUCCCACGCACGCCUCCAAGGAACAUCCAGGUGUACAACCCCAGCGCCAGCAGCCUGAACGUGCGCUGGGAGCCGGCCUCGGGGCAGGUCCAGCAGUACCGGGUGGCCUACUCCUCCGUGAGGGGGGUCAGACCCUCCGAGUCGGUCAUGGUUCCAGGAAACGUCAACAACGCCUUCCUGGACAACCUGAUCCCAGACACUCUCUACUCGGUCAGCGUCUCGGCUCUGUAUGCCGACGGAGAGGGAUCGCCAGUCAAGGACAACGGAAAGACACUGCCGCGCGCCGGGCCCCGGAACAUGCGUGUGUUCGAUCCCACCACCAGCUCCCUCACCGUCGGCUGGGACCACGCCGAGGGACCCGUGAGGCAGUACAGGAUCGCCUACGCCCCCCUGACCGGAGACCCCAUCACCGAGUUCACGCUGGUUCCAGGGAACAGGAAUAACGCCAUGCUGCAGAAUCUGCUCCCCGACACCCCGUACAACAUCACCGUGGAGGCCAUCUACGCAGAGGGCCCCGGGGGGUCCCUCAAUGGCAACGGACGCACAGUGGCGAUGCUGAGUCCCAGGAACCUCAGAGUCUCAGAUGAGUGGUACACCAGGUUCAGAGUGGCCUGGGACCCCGUGGCGGCCCCUGUGCAGGGAUACAGACUCACCUACACCCCCGCAGGCACUAACCGGCCCGUGGACUUCUUCGUUGGUGACGUGACCUCCUACACGCUGCACAACCUGCAGCCCGGCACCCCCUACGACCUCAAGGUGGUGGCUCAGUACGUCGGCGGGACCAGCAGCCCGCUGGCCGGCCAGGGGACGACCCUCUACCUCAACGUGACCCACAUUGAGACGCACAACAUCGACCACGACAGGUUCUGCAUCAAGUGGACUCCUCACCGCGCCGCCACGUCGUACCGCAUCAAGCUCCUCCCCCUCGACCCCUCCAGCAAAGGGCAGCAUGAGAUCACCAUCCCCGCUGGCCUCCCCCAGUACUGCUUCGACGGACUGUCCCCCGACGCCCUGUACACCGCCAGCGUCUUUGUUCAGACCCCCAACCUGGAGGGCCCGGGGGUCAGCGCCAAGGAGAGGACACUGGUGAAGCCGACUCCGGUUCCAACGCUCCCGCCGACCCCGUCCCCCCCGCCCACCGUGCCCCCGGCGUGGUCAAUCUGCCGAGGAGCCAAAGCCGACGUGGUGUUCCUCAUCGACGGCUCCUGGAGCAUCGGAGAGGAGAGCUUCACCAAAGUCCUGAGCUUCGUCUCCGGCAUGAUCUCCGCCUUCGAUGUGAUCGGCCCGUCGGGGAUGCAGGUGUCCUUUGUGCAGUACAGCGACGAAGCAAAGACGGAGUUCAGGCUGAACGCCUAUCAGGACAAAGGCGUCGCCAUGACAGCGCCUCACCACAUCCGCUACCGGGGGGGCAACACCAAGACAGGAGUGGCGCUGAAACACACCUACGAGAAGGCCUUCUCCGUGGAGAACGGGAUGAGGAGGAACGUCCCCAAGGUCUUGGUGACCAUCACCGACGGGCGCUCUCAGGACGAAGUGAAGACGAAGGCCGCCAAGCUGCAGCACGCAGGUUACAGCGUCUUCGCCAUCGGCGUGGCCGACGUGGACUUCGUGGAGCUGCAGGAGAUCGGCAGCAAACCCAGUGAGCGGCACGUCUUCGUGGUGGACGACUUUGACGCCUUUGACACCAUCAAAGAGAACCUGAUCACCUUCAUCUGCGAGACCGCCACUUCCUCGUGUCCCCUGAUCUUCCUCAAUGGAUUCACUUCCCCUGGGUUCCGGAUGCUGGAGGCCUUCAACCUGACGGAGAAGACCUACGGGUCGGUGCGAGGCGUCUCCAUGGAGCCGGGCUCCUUCAACAGCUUCGCCGCCUACCGCCUCCACAAAGACGCCUUCCUGAGCCAGCCGACCACGGAGAUCCACCCUGACGGUCUCCCCCCCUCCUUCACCCUCAUCCUGAUGAUCCGCCUGCUGCCCGACUCGCCGCUCGAGGCCUUCGACAUCUGGCAGGUGGCCAGCAAAGACCACAAGCCCGAGACCGGGGUCACGCUGGACCCCUCCAGCCAGACGCUGUCCUUCUACAACAAGGACGUGCGCGGUGAGAUCCAGAAAGUGACCUUCGACAACGACCGGGUGAAGAGGAUCUUCCACGGGAGCUUCCACAAGCUGCACAUCCUGGUGUCCUCCACCGGGGUCAAGCUCAACAUCGACUGCCAGGAGGUGGCUGAGAAGGAGCUGAAGGAGGCCGGGAACACGUCCAGCGACGGGUACCAGGUCCUGGGCAGGAUGUCCAGGUCCACCGGCUCCAGAGGGGAGUCGGCCACGUUCCAGCUCCAGAUGUUCGACCUGGUGUGCAGCUUGGGCUGGACCAGCAGGGACAGAUGUUGCGACCUCCCAUCCAUGAGAGACGAGCUGAAGUGUCCGUCUCUUCCGAACUCCUGCAGCUGCACGUCGGCGGGCACCGGGCCCCCAGGCCCCCAGGGACCCGUGGGGGGCCCCGGCAGCAAAGGUCCUCGAGGUGAAAGAGGAGAGGCUGGUCCUGUGGGCCCAGUCGGGCCUCGUGGAGACAACGGACCACCGGGGCCCAUGGGUCUGCGCGGCCCUCAAGGACCCAUCGGCCUGUCGAUUCCAGGAGAAGCUGGCCGCCCCGGACCAAAGGGAGACGGCGGUGACUCCGGCCUGCCGGGACAGAAGGGUUCUCCGGGCCCUCGUGGUUCCUCCGGCCCCAUCGGACCAGCCGGCGUGCGGGGCCCCCCGGGGAAGGACGGAUCGGCGGGACCCCGAGGCCCCACGGGGCCCAUGGGACCUCCAGGAUCUCCCGGAGCGCCGGGCGGCGGAGGACAACCCGGAAACCCCGGAGACACCGGUACCCCUGGCUCUGUGGGUCCAAAGGGAGACAAGGGGGAGAGGGGCGACUUCGCUCCUCAGAACAUGAUGCGGUCCAUCGCCAGACAGGUGUGCGAGCAGCUGGUCAGCGCGCAAAUGUCCCGCGUGGACACGCUGCUGAACCAGAUCCCCAACGCCAUUCACCGCAGCAACAACCCGGGCCCAGCGGGGCCCCCGGGGGCCACCGGCAGGCAGGGGCCGCGCGGAGAGCCCGGCGCCCCGGGAAGGAGCGGUUUCCCCGGAAAUUCAGGACCACCGGGUCAGCCGGGAGAGAGAGGCCUCGCGGGGGAGAAGGGUGAGCGAGGCUCGUCCAUCGAGGGACAGAAAGGACCGAGAGGAGCUGCCGGUCCACCAGGAGAAAGCAGAACAGGACCCCCGGGCCCCUCCGGCGCCGCCGGCCCGCGCGGCCCCCCUGGGCGUCCAGGCUACGCCGGAGUCCGCGGCCCCCCCGGAGCUCCGGGAUACUGCGACUCCUCCCAGUGUGUCGGCAUCCCGUACAACGGGCAGGGCUACGGGGGCCGGUACCCGCCAGAACCCGACAGCCCGCCCCCCCCGGGCCCCGAGGAGGACGACGAGGAGUCCCAGCGCCGCCGCCGCCGCAAGAGGUCGCUACCCAGAAAGCCCUCCAGCGGGCUCACGCCAUAAAACCCCCCCUGCACUCCCCCCCCCACCCCCCCGGUUCUCCUCUCUGUGGUUUUAAUGUCUGCUCGUUGUACACACACAUGAAAAAAGGGGGUUCGACACCUCGACUUUAUUGGAAAACACCUUCAAACGUCUUCAAACGUAUGUGAAUAUUCAUUUUCAGGGUUUGGGAGGAGGGGGGGUCAGAGGGGGGGGGUCAGGGAACAAGGCACAACAAACCUCAACGAUCCAUGAAACAACAAAAGAACCAGC